AUGGCAGAGCGCGAGUGCGCUGCGAAACCUGCAAGUGACCCCAAAUUAGAUUGGCAGUCAGCUGGUGUCACUGUGUCAAUGUCGAUGGAAUGGCUCUGCAGCGCUGGUGCUUGUGUAAAUUCCGCAAGAAGCAGUCAACUGUCCCCUGAGACGGUGCUGGGACAUUGUAGUGAGACCCACGCGUUUGUGGAAAUUCGACAACCUGCCAGAGUGCCAGAUGUUCUGCCAAUUUUGCUUUCCUCUGGUUCAGUCUCUGCUUUCAACAAAAUUUGGUACCACUCGUGCAAAUCUGCGAGGAAACCAAUCCCAAAGAGCAUGGCACUCUGGAGUGGUGUGGGUCAGGUGGCAAGCAUGGCACAGCUUGCUGGGGUUGAUGCCUAUGGGCUCAUCUCCAUGAUUGUGGAGGCUGCAAAGACGGUUAAGAGGAACCGGGAGACCUGCCAGCUGCUGGCACGCCGUGCAAGGAUGAUUGGGGACCUUCUGCAGCAGCUUGAAAGGACACAACUGAUGCACCACAUGGAGACGAGGAACCCAGUGGAGCAGCUGGAGGAGACGCUUCGGCAUGCGUAUGUUCUCAUCACAUCCUGUCGCGACAGUAGCUACCUACACAGCUUCUGUAUGGGAGGGAACCAGGCUGAUCGGCUUCGCGAGGUGCAGAAUGAGAUCACCUUCUACCUCCAACUUUUCCCCCUUGUCAGCUUUGUCGACAACACCCGUACAUGGGAGCGGCUUCUGAGCAGAGCUUGUCCUUUGUGUACAACGGGAAGCACAGAUGAGUUACAUGCAGCACACUAUGUUGAAAAUGGAGACAGGCUCAGAUCAGAGGCCCUCAAGGCAACUAAAUUCGAAAAUAUAGGAAGUCAUCCAACCCUAAAACCUGACGAAGAGAAAACGGAAGGCCAAGUCCUGAACAUUGGAGGAUUAGUAAAUCUCGUUGGUGGAGCAAAAGGAGCAGAGUUAUCAUAUUUUAGUUUCUCACAGAUUUUGGCUGCUACUGAAAACUUUUCAGAGAGAAAUUUGGUUGGACAUGGUGGAUUUGGUUAUGUUUACAAGAUGAAACAAAAGGGAGUUGCUAAAUUGGUCCUGCGUCUUCAAAUAAUCAAAGCGAUAGCAGAUGGUCUUGAUUUUCUACAUGGGCAUUCUCAUACGUGCAUUGUCCAUAGGGACAUAAAAGCAAGCAACAUCCUUGUGGAUCAUGAAAUGAAUGCUAAGAUUAGCGAUUUUGGUCUGGCAUUAAUGUUGGCUCCAAAUACGACUGCAAAUGUUGUUGUUCUGGGCACACACAUGUGCAUUGGUAUGAUAAUCCUCUCCACCACCAGUGGCUAUGCAGAUCCUGAAUAUGUUGCUACUGGUAACAUCUCGGAGAAGGCAGACGUAUAUGGCUUUGGUAUAGUACUUAUUGAGAUAAUAAGUGGAAGGCUGAUCCGGUCUUAUACUAUGAAGGCAGAUGGCACUCCAGAGCUACCACUUCAUGAUUAUGCACACAAGCACCGGAAGAAGCUGCACAGGUUUGUUGAUCCAUUGUUGCGCGUGAAUGGGCAUGAAUGGGCUCAGAUUCUGGAAUGUGUGAGGGUGGCACAAUUAUGUAUUCACCAUCUUGCCAAACAUCGGCCUACCAUGUCAGAAGUUGUCACCAUGCUUGGCAGCAUCAAGGUGGCGUAG